GUAAAAAUAAAAAAAAAAUAUUUGAUUUACGACAAAGUUAAAUUCGACAUGUAAAAAAGCAUUAUUACAUACGUUUUUGAAAUUGAUGAUCAAAGUAAGAAAGUUUGACUUAUUAUAACGAAAAUGGAGGGAGUAGAAGUCUAGAAUGGCGAUUUUCAACCAACCGCUGGUGUAACCACGCAGUGUCGGGUUGUUCCACUCGGUCCACCACAACGGCAAUUAUGAUGCAUCAUUAAACCUGGUAAAAUAAAUAUCGCGGGUGCAAGGGCGAAUUUGCCGGCACAUUUGGGGAUUGGAUUGGAGGUUCGCGGAAACGUGUCUGCCGUCGUUGACGUUGACAAGUCCGCCGGAACCAGCCUGUGCCGUCGUCGCACCCUCCGCCAGUCCCGCGGUCGGCUCAUGCUCCGGUACCGUCGAGGCCGAGACGAAGACGCGCGCCGGCGGCCAGUGCACGACAAAAGCAAACCCCCCAAACCCUCUGCUCCUGUUGCUUGACCUGACCUGACCCCUCGGCACGCGUCAACGCAGGGCCCGCGCGAUUCCUUCGCCGCAACGAAAACGAAACGCCCGUGCAAUUUCCACGACUCCGCCGCCCACGUCCGCUUCCACUACCCCCGUCGACUGGCUUUGCAAGUGCACUGCACUAGACGAGCAGCGAUCGGCCGACUUCCAAGACGGUUGCUGCCUCUCAGGCCUCGGCCGCCCGGGACCCAGCCAUACGUAUCGCCGAUCCGCCACCGCUGCACCGCCGGCCAUGUCCGGCGCCGGCGCGGACACAGCGCCGUCGAGCGACGACGGGGGCCAGCACCAGCACCAGCAGCGCGCGUUCCGGGACCGGGACGCGGCGCGUCGGCGGCUGCGGCUGGAGCGCGAGCUCGCGAUCGCGCGCGCCAUCCGGGCGCCGCUGGCCACCGUGGUCCGCGACCACGCGCUCGUGCACCUCCCGCCGGCCGCAGCGGCGCGCCUCCGCCUGGUGCACCCGUCGUGGGCGCGGGCGCUCGCGUCCCCGCUCUUCGCCGUCGCGCACGCCGCCACCCCGCGCAGGGCCUCAGGCCUCUUCGUCGCGCCCGCACCAACGACCGCGGGCUACUUCCUCCCGCUCGACGCCGCCGACACCGUGCCGUCCCCGGCCUUGGCCUUCCUCCCGGCCUCAUCGCCGCCCACCGUGCUGUCGUCCUCGCACGGCCUCGCGUGCUGCUUCUCCCCGGCCGACGACGCCUACUUCGUGUGCAACCCGGCGACGGGGUCCUGGCACGGCGUGCCGUGCCCUCCGUGCCGGAUCACCUGGCCGCGCCCCGCGGUCGUCGUCCUCUUCGACGCCGGCGUCUACAACUUCCGCGGAGACUACGCGCUCGUCUGCGCCUUCGAGUCGGAGCCGGGCUCCGGCAUCUACUGCUUCGCGGUGUUCGCGUCUGGGACUGGCGUGUGGUGGGUCGCCGACGCGGUCGCGCCCGCCGAGGGGCUCGUCCCUUCCUCGGGCGUCGAUGCCGGCGGGACGGCGUGGUGGCGGACGGCCAUCGGCACCGCCGUCGGGUACAACCCUGUCACGGGCCGUGUCGACCUCGCGCUGUGCCCUGGGGACAGCGCCCAGUGGGAGAUCGGCUCGGCCGCGGGCACGCUGCACUGCGCCGUGCGCGACGGCGGCGACGUCAUGGUGUUCCGGCUCGACAGGCACGGUGGCUGGGAGGUGGCCGCCGCGGUCUCUGUUGCCGAGAUACUGCAGCGGCCUUGGCAACCGGAGCUCGCUUACGAGCUGUCCGACUCCGAGGACGACGAGGAGGAGGAGGCGGCGGGUCAGGCAGAGGUGGAGCGCGCGGGGGCUGUCCUUGCCGUGGCGAACAGGUACAGCAUGGUACGGGUGCCGAGCGACGUCGUGAGGCUGCUGCCGUUCCAGGGCGCCGAGGCGGAGGUGGUGCUGCUGGCCGGCAGGAGAGUGGUGGCGUUAGAGACGGUGACGCGGCGGCGGCGUGAGGCCGUCCUGCCGGAUCAGCCGGCCGGCAAGGAUUGGAGCGCCGUGGAGUACGCCGCGCACACCAACACGCUCGCGCUGGUCGCGCCCGUGGUGUUCAUGGAGCCUCCAGACGAUCAGGAAGAGGUGGUGGCAUCUUGAGCGAAUUUUUUCGGUGGCUCGCGCGCCCUUGCUUCGCUGCUUAGAUCUACGUACAGAAUAAUCGAGCUUGUGCUUGUGCAUGAUUUCGUGUGGAGAAAUUAACGUAAUUUUUCCGAGCUGUUUGUUGUACAUAAUUAAUCCCAACUUGCUUCAUCAGUUAUACUCCUAUAUAUAUACUCCUAUAUUCAUUGCUGGGCAAAUUCUUCA